UCUAGCGCAGUUCCUCCGGCUCGAUGGAUCGAGAAGCCAUACCUCUUUCUAUUCCAGCUCGUCAGCUUAGAUUCAGCACGUGGGCUUACACAAGAUUGGACUGAGAUGGAGAAAAGGGGACCGACCAUCCACUCACGAUCCUUCGCUAUCAUGCUUGGCGGCCCAAUCUGGCCAUGUCAUGGCCAGCACAACACACGACGACCCCCCGUCGUCUCCCCGUUGGAUUUGAUCGUUCAUCGUGCGAAUGGGGCUUGCUUGUUGGUUCUGGAGUCGUCCCCAAAAAGUCGAGAGAGAAGCAGACUCGCGGCACAUUCGUUCAUUCAUACCCAGGGACAAGCUCCAAAAGCCCUCGAAGUCCAGGCAGCAGCUCAACCAGUCGGCCCACGAGCGACACAUCCUUCUCCUGAUCACAGGAAUACGGGUGUCCUGAUGACGCGUCGUUUAUUUACCCUUUUGGAUCUGGUUGAGCUGCCGGGACUCCGCCAUGAUACAUGAUCCAUCGACUUCACGGGCAACGGUGAGGUCUUGGCAGGGGCCAACACAGCCCUCCUGUAGAGCUCGUUGCCAACUUCCCCCUACCCUCGUGUUCUGGGGAAUCACCGAAGACGUUGAUUUGCUACAGCGCCUCUCGGCCAUGUGCAAUCAACCAUACCUGGGAACGGGUCGGCCACGCUCGAGUCCGGGGUGAAAU